AUGUGGCCGCUACUGGUUCCAGUUUUUCUGCUCUUCAACGAGACAAGUUGGCUAAAUCCAAUCCUGAUCAGCAUCUACAAGGAUAAGCCGCACGAAACAGUUCUUCUGCUCAGACACAGCCAACAGAGUAAUGCAUCUGGCUUGGAAAGAUUUCCCUGGCCGGUUUUUAAUUUCAAUGAACAGAUGGACUUCUAUGUGCGAGGCAGUUUCAACAACGAAGUGCUGGUCAUGAUCUGGCUAACAGGAAAUUCGGACUUGGACUCUGACUUGUGGCAGGCACUCGACCGAAGUCUCUUGAAUAUGCGAAAGGUACGGGUAUUACUAUUGAGAAAAUGGGAAAAAACCCCAACGGUUGACACUGCCAACACAGUCGAGCGUCUACGUUUCCUUCACGUCGCCGUAAUUGGACAGGGAAAUAGGAUAUAUCGUCUGCAGCCCUAUGCUCCAGAGAGAUGGUUGGAAAUAAAUCCAAAGCAUUCACCCAUCUUUAGCAAAGUUCGAAACUACUACGGCAGAUAUAUACUUACCCUGCCGGAUCAAUUUGCACCCCGUUCGAUUGUCUAUCGAAAUCCGAAAACAGGAGAGCUUGAAUUGACAGGUUACGUUUACAAGUUUCUUGUGGAAUUCACUCAAAGGUACAACUUUACUUUUCGCUGGCAAAGACCAAUCAAGGAAGGUGAGCGAUUGAAUCUGAUUCUCCUUCGAAAUAUGACACUCAAUGGAACCAUUAACAUGCCCAUCAGCCUAUGUGGCUUUGAAUUGCCCACUGAAUUUGGUGUGUUCUCGAAUAUAUUUGAUAUGGAGAACUGGUACAUCAUGGUUCCCCGAGCCCAGGAAAUACCCACAGCCGAUGUUUAUGUGGUGAUGUGUAGUGGAAAUUUCCUGAUCGUUCUGCUGAUAUUCUACUGUAUAUUUACAAUCCUGGAUACUUGCUUUGGACCUUUGCUGCUCAAGAAACGUGUGGAUUGGACGAACUUGGUUCUCAACGAACGCAUGAUAUCAGGAAUCAUGGGACAGUCCUUCAAUAUGUGUGCCAGGCAUACAAUCAGCUCCAGGGUGACAAAUGCCACUUUAUUUCUACUUGGAUUGGUUCUGAGUACCCUAUAUGCAGCACAUCUGAAGACCUUACUUACCAAACGACCCACUUCGAGCCAGAUUACCACUUUUGAGCAGCUCCGAGAUUCACCUGUUAACGUUUUCUUCGAAGAAGCUGAACGAUUUUACCUAAAGGAGUUCAUGUGGCAGCGGCCAAUUCGGGCCAUUAAGGAUCAGUUGCAUUUUGCGGGAACCGGGGAAUAUUUUGCCUUAAGAAGUGGCUUAAACAGAUCUAACGCUUUCUCAAUUCUGACAUCCGAAUGGCAAAUUGUGGCCAAGAGACAGGAGCUUUUCAAGCAACCGGUUUUCACUGUACGCCCUCAACUAAGGGUCAUCAGUACAAGUGUCCUUCUGUCGCUGGUCAUGCAAUCGAACUCCAUCUAUGAACACCACAUAAAUGAUCUUAUCCGUCGGUCCCAAAGUGCCGGAAUCGUGGAAUAUUGGAAGCAGCAAACUCUCCGAGAGAUGAUUACCAUGGGCAUGAUCUCCCAAAAGGAUCCUUUUCCGUACGUCACUUUCCGAGAGUUUAAGGUGAGCGAUCUGCUCUGGAUAUGGAUUCUAUUAGCCAUCUUCUUGACGUUGUCCUGCUUCAUAUUCCUUUGUGAGCUUUUGGUUAAUUGGUUCAUUAAGAAACCCCAAUUAAGGACCUUCAUUAAGUGGCUGACUCGUUUCAAAUUAUAA